CGAGAGGUGAGUUCGCCUGGCCGGACGAGAGGAAAGUAUCUGCUCCGCUGAGGGGGGAAAGAAGGACCUGGAGGCAGAUUGUGGGAUCGAGCGCGGGCGGGCGGGAGGCGACGGAGCUACCAACGGCUCCGCUCUGCUAUAUGAAAUAUGGGAGACGACAGACCGUUUGUGUGCAAUGCCCCAGGCUGUGGACAGAGAUUUACAAACGAGGACCACCUGGCAGUCCAUAAACACAAGCAUGAGAUGACAUUGAAAUUUGGCCCAGCCCGAACGGACUCGGUCAUCAUUGCAGAUCAAACUCCUACUCCAACUAGAUUCCUGAAGAAUUGUGAGGAGGUGGGACUCUUCAAUGAACUGGCUAGCUCCUUUGAACAUGAAUUCAAGAAAGCAGCAGAUGAAGAGGAAAAAAAGGCAAGAGGCAGGACUUUUACUGAAAAAUUAAUGGCUGCAGCUGGGCCCCUUGACAUGUCUCUGCCUUCUACACCAGAUGUCAAAAUCAAAGAAGAAGAGCCUGUGGAGGUAGACUCAUCCCCACCUGACAGUCCUGCCUCUAGCCCUGGCUCCCCACCACUCAAGGAGAAGGAGGUUGCCCCAAAGCCUGUUGUGAUCUCUACCCCUACACCUACCAUCGUACGCCCGGGUUCCCUGCCUCUCCACUUGGGCUAUGACCCACUCCACCCAACCCUCCCCUCCCCGACUUCCGUCAUCACACAGGCUCCACCAUCCAACAGGCAACUGGGGUCUCCCACUGGCUCCCUCCCUCUCGUCAUGCAUCUUGCUAAUGGACAGACCAUGCCUGUACUGCCAGGGCCUCCAGUACAGAUGCCUUCUGUUAUAUCGCUGGCCAGACCUGUGUCUAUGGUGCCCAACAUUCCUGGUAUCCCAGGCCCACCAGUUAAUAGCAGUGGUUCCAUCUCUCCCUCUGGCCACCCUAUGCCAUCAGAAGCCAAGAUGAGACUUAAAGCCACCUUAACCCACCAAGUCUCCUCACUCAACGGGGGCUGUGGAAUGGUGGUGGGUACUGCCAGCACCAUGGUGACAGCCCGUCCAGAACACAGCCAGAUCCUUGUCCAGCACCCUGACGCCCCGUCCCCUGCCCAGCCACAGGUCUCACCAGCCCAGCCUACUCCUAGUACCGGAGGGCGUAGACGCCGCACAGUGGAUGAAGAUCCCGACGAACGACGGCAGCGCUUUCUGGAGCGCAACCGGGCCGCAGCCUCCCGCUGCCGUCAAAAGCGGAAGUUAUGGGUUUCCUCCCUGGAAAAGAAAGCAGAGGAGCUCACUUCUCAGAACAUUCAGCUGAGUAAUGAAGUCACAUUACUACGCAAUGAGGUGGCUCAAUUGAAGCAGCUAUUGUUGGCUCAUAAAGACUGCCCAGUCACUGCACUACAGAAGAAGACCCAAGGAUACCUAGAAAGCCCCAAAGAAAGCUCAGAGCCGACAGGUUCUCCAGCCCCCGUGAUUCAACACAGCUCAGCAACAGCCGCUAGCAAUGGCCUCAGUGUUCGCUCUGCAGCCGAAGCUGUGGCCACCUCAGUCCUCACUCAGAUGGCCAGCCAAAGGACAGAACUGAGCAUGCCCAUACAGUCGCAUGUGAUCAUGACCCCACAGUCCCAGUCUGCAGGCAGAUGAUGCCUCCCCUGGUGGAGAGGUCCCCAGCCAGAGCUCGCCCGCCGGAGAGCCAAGAGAGAUGACGUCUUAUCUCCUCCCAUCUGCCUUGGACAUGGCAAUAUGGAGGGGAAACUGUGUGUUGUGAGUAAUGAACAGAUGUGGGGCUUUUCUCUUCAGCCUCAGGUUAUCUACUUUCACACCCGUACUAGGAGCCUCCCAGCCCCAGAGCCACAUAGAUCGUCCCUCCAGGUGGGAGUUCCUGAUGCACCCACAGCCAAAGGCUUUCCAGACGGUCUGAACAAUCACCCUUACCCUCGUCCUGUGCACGAUUACCUGUUUCUUUUAACACUAACCCUUGCACUUGAAGGUUUGGGUUCCUCAGCUCACUAUCUUCCCACAAAGUCAUGGCUGUUACUGUCUUCUUGUUCCUUACCGGCAUGCCACUUCCUGCUAGGUAGAGGGAAG